AGGUGGGAGAAACGUUGCACUGAUGUAACCGGUCGCAACUGUGCAGCGGCUCUCAGGCGUGAAGAGGUUUCUGUUUAACAGUGUGUAGAAGAAUUUAAUUGCUUAUUGUAAGUGGAAUAAAAAAGCGUAUUAUUAUUAACACGGUAAUGCUGAGGACUGUAGUGUGUCGGACCGGAAGUGGACUUCUGAAGCACUCAAGCCGGUCCGUCCCGGUGUUUUGGGGAAGUGGAGCUCAGCAGCGAUGGGCUUCCAGCCUUCCCAUGAACACGGUGAUGCUGUUUGUGCCCCAGCAGGAGGCCUGGGUGGUGGAGCGGAUGGGGCGCUUCCACAGAAUCCUCGAGCCUGGGUUGAAUUUUUUAAUCCCGAUCCUGGACAAAGUCCGCUACGUGCAGAGCCUUAAGGAGAUUGUGAUCGACGUGCCGGAGCAGUCUGCUGUAUCUCUUGAUAAUGUGACACUACAGAUCGAUGGGGUUCUGUACCUGAGGAUACUCGAACCCUUUAAGGCCAGUUACGGAGUGGAGGACCCUGAGUAUGCGGUGACUCAGCUGGCACAGACCACCAUGAGAUCGGAGUUGGGAAAACUCACUCUGGAUAAAGUUUUCAGGGAAAGAGAGUCGCUGAACUCCAACAUCGUGCAUUCCAUUAACCAGGCGUCUGACGACUGGGGGAUUCGCUGCCUGCGCUACGAGAUCAAGGACAUUCACGUCCCGCCGCGCGUCAAGGAGUCCAUGCAGAUGCAGGUGGAAGCGGAGCGGAAGAAGAGAGCGACGGUUCUGGAGUCGGAGGGAACGAGGGAGGCGGCCAUCAACGUGGCGGAGGGAUGCAAACAAUCGCAGAUCCUGGCUUCUGAGGGACAGAAAGCAGAGCAGAUCAACAAAGCUGCAGGAGAGGCGAAUGCUAUGUUGGUUAAAGCGGAGGCCAAAGCGAAGGCCAUUAGGCUUCUCUCUGAAGCACUGACUCUGCAGAACGGAAACGCAGCAGCGUCCCUCAGCGUGGCCGAGCAGUACGUUUCUGCUUUCUCCAACCUGGCCAAAGAGUCGAACACGAUCAUCCUGCCAUCAAACACAGGAGACAUCUCCAGCAUGGUCACACAGGCCAUGGCGAUUUACGGGACUUUAGCCAAGACGCAGAGCCCCGGCCCGGUGAACCCCACAGCUGCGGAUGACGAGUCAAAGUUUAAGGCGAUCCCAGAAGAUUCAACACCCGAGUCCACGUCCGGUCAAUGAGAUCGACACGUGAAGUCUGGUUGCGCUCUGAUUCAUAUUUUUUUUUCCCCCCUUUUUUUUUUUUUUUUUUACAUUACGUUGAUACGUCAAUACUGGAAAAAAACGAUAAACAUACGCAUACAAAAUAAAGUGAAUAAAGUUUCCGCGA